AUGGCUCAAAGCGACAACAACACCCUCGCAGUUCCCGCCGAAGAGAGCAAAUACGUUACCGUCUUCAACGAUCCCGUCAACUUCAACGCCAAACACCCUCUCCACAGCUCAUGGACCCUCUGGUUCGACAACCCCGGAAAGAAGUCCAAUGCUAACAACUGGGAGCAGUCGCUCAAGGAACUCAUCACCUUCGACACCGUCGAGGACUUUUGGGGUGUUUACAACAACAUCAUGAAGACUUGCGACCUCGCCAUCAGCUCCAACUACCAUCUUUUCAAGCAGGGAAUCAAGCCAAUGUGGGAGGAUCCCGCCAACAAGCGCGGAGGAAAGUGGAGCAUCCAGUUGCCCCGCAACAAGACCAUAAGCGAAAUUGACAACAUUUGGCUUUUCACCAUGCUUGCCUGCAUCGGCGAGGCCUUUGAGUACGAGAACGAGGUUUGCGGAACUGUCGUGUCGGUUCGUAAGGCGUUCUUCAGGAUAGCCGUCUGGACACGGUCAUCCGACAACCAGGACAUGGCUUUGAGCAUUGGGUACGCAGAGUCACACAAGCUUUUCUUCUUUCUGUGCACGAAUGACUACUUUGUGCCAACAACGGUUCUAACACCUUCAUUGCUCGAACCCACUUUUAGACGUACUCUCAAGAAGGCCGCCAACAUCCACGGCACCAUGGAGUUCCAGAGCCAUCACGAUUCUUCCUCGAACGCGGGCAAGGCCUGGACCGUCUAA